UAUUUUACCGGACAAAUAAUUUAGAAGUGAAGUGUGGUAGCUAUCGAAACGGAAGUAGGGAUAAAAGCUAUAUAUAAGAGGAGAAGAACUAUCCGGAUCAUUUAUAUAGUCGUAUAAGAUAGAUCGGUUGUGUCUUUUUUUUUUUUGCAUCUCACCUAAAAUGAAGGGUUUCAUUCUACUCACUUUACUAUUCGUUACGGUUCUGGGAGAGAAGAAAAUCAACUUGGAAGACAUUGAAAGAGACAAUUUACAUGCGGAAACUAAAUCAGACGAUGGGCCUGAUGAUAACAAAUACAAUAUCAAAGAAGGGGAUCACUAUCAGGAAUCAACAAAUUUAUACGAAGCUCAGAAUAGUCAAGGGAGCACUUAUGCAGAUCUCCAGUCCGUAACCGGCUCUAAAUAUAUACCAGAAGAAUAUCAUCAGACAAGGAAUUAUUUGCAAAGCGAAGCCGAUUAUCAACAACAAACAAUUUUGUCAGCACCUCAACAAACUCAUCAACCAAUACAAUUUUACGCAGAAAUAGUCCCAGAGAAUAAUCCUCAAGCGACCCACGAAACACAACAAAACGUCUAUCAGCCAGAAUUAAUUGUUAGGAAUAAAAUUCAAACGCUACAGCAAAAAAAUUCACCUGAAAAAAUAAUUCAACAUGACAAUAAAGAAACUUUAUACAUGGAUGUUUCAACAAACCAACAAUUACCAUAUUAUUCGAAUUUGGAAUUAAGCAAAAUGAAUUCAAAAAUUCAAUCGCAACCACUGUAUCAUCGACUGACUGUUGAUAUGCAUCAACACCCAUCUCCUCAAGUCUAUUCGAAUGAUUUACAUCAAAAUCAAUUUGUUUCAUCUGGAAAAUUUGCUUACAACAUUCAACCUCAAUAUGUAACUUAUACACCAAAACAUACUCACACUCAAGCACUUGUCUCAAAGGGGCCAAAGACUAAAAUUUACACUGUUCACAAUUCGAAAAUGGCUUCGGGAGCGCAAACUCAUUCAUCUCCAAUUUACGCUCAAUCAGAGAAGAUGCAUCAUCAGCCAAAAAAAGUGAUUUAUCUUACUCAACAGCAAAUGCAGUAUUUGCCCCAAAUUAUUUACACUGAACCAAAGGCCGUUUACAGUCAAACAGCUCCAGUUUAUGCCGAUCUCUUCUCACGAUUACCUACUUUUGUACAGGAUAAUAGUUUAAAUAAUCAUGGAAUUCAAUACACUCAAAAUGAACAAUAUUAUAUUCCAACGGCAAUUGAUGAACAAUUCGUGAAAAUAUUCCGUGGAUCUCAUAAAGAAAGAGUUAAGAUUCCGGAUGAACCGUCUGAGCAUUUUGUUCCACCACAAGUACCGCCACAAAAAUUUAAAUCGAGUCUCACACAAAUUGUACCAGUUUCCACGGAAAGUGAAUCUUUGCCAACAAAGAGUUUUACAUUGUCAUCUGAACCGAAAUCUUUACUUGACUCAUACAUUCCUAGUUAUUUAAUAGCUGCUCAAGACUCGGCAAAGUACAAAGAAAGACCAAUAAAACUAGAGGGAGGUUUUCUUCCGUCCAAAAUUAAUUUCAUUCAGUCACACAAGAAGCGCAAGUCGGAGUGAAAGAAUGAAAUAUAAUAUUGUAUAGAAAGGAAUAGCUGAACGGCGUGGUGCCAAGGUCAGUAGUGGAAGUAAAUGAGAUUCCAGGCAUAAGAAGAAGUUGGUCUUGCAAGACCAUGUAAUUUUCCACAGGAAGUCGGAAGUAACCUAUAUUCCAUCUAGUCUUUCAUUAACGAUCACGAAAAACGUGUAAUAUAUUCUCAUCACUUAAAAAGGUUUUAUAUAUUUUGUUUGUUCUCUUUUUAAUAAAGUUUUGAAUAUAA